AUGUCGGGUAGUAGAAGCGAACCUCAACAACAUGAAGAGGUUGAAAUGACUCUAAUUGAGAUGGAUACUACUCAAAAUGUUAUGCAAGCUACUCCUAAUGAAGUUGAAUCCAGUAGCUCAUGGGAUUUUAGUCAGUAUAUACAAGUUACUCCGCCUAAAAGUUAUGAAGGUGAGGAGGGUGUUGUGGGUGAGGAGGUUGUUGAUGCUGAGGAGGGUGUUGUGGGUGAGGAGGUUGUUGGUGCUAAUGUUCAAGUUGAUGAGGUUAUUCCUAACAUCAAAGUUGUUGCUAAUGUUCAAAUUUAG